GAGUAGCAGGAGGAGGAGGCCUCCUGCAGGGAACUAAGGCCAAACACAUACAGUGGCCUGCACUGGCAUUUAAGCCUGUGGUGGGGAAGAACCUGUUGUCAUCAGUUACUGCAGUAGAAUUCUUGCUGGACCGACAACUGGACUUUCUCUCUGAUCAUACAUCUUGUCAACAAUACCAGGAUGAGGUGGACAGUCAAAACCCAGUGUUAAGAGACAACCCUCAGCUCCUCGAAGAAGUGAAGGGCUGGCUGAAAGACCAGAAAGUGCAGGAGAUUUUUAUGCAAGGACCCUACUCUCUAAAUGGCUACCGAGUGCGUGUGUACAGACAAGACUCAGCCACCCAGUGGUUCACUGGAAUCAUUACACACCACGACCUCUUCAGUAGAAACAUGGUUGUUAUGAAUGAUCAGGUACUAGAACCUCAGAAUGUGGAUCCAUCCAUGAUCCAAAUGACCUUUCUUGAUGACGUUGUCCACUCACUGCUGAAAGGAGAAAACAUUGGCAUCACAUCCAGACGAAGGUCACGAUCCAGCCAGAACAACAACUCUUCCCAUAGUCAUUACACACGAGCCCAGGCCAACAGCCCCCGCCCUGUGAUGACAUCAUCAGGACCAAAUCCCAAGAGCUCCCAGGGGGCACUGGUCCCACAGCAGCAGAGUCAGCUGCAGCAGAUCCAGCUGCCGGUCAGCCAGUCCCACCACUCGCCCAGUGGGACCGGGCGAGAGCUGAGAGAGCAACGUAACUCCCGCUCUUCCAGGAGGAAAGGAUCAGACAGCAGUGUUCCAGAAGAGGACAAGGACAGAAGAGACGAGACCACGGGCCGAGAAUCAAAGACCAAGGUGAAGCUGGCAGUGAACAAACGCAGAAAAGGGGAAGAAGAGGAGAAAAAAGCAGGUCUAAAGCGGCUAAAGCCCGACAUGACGUCCGACCUGUCAGAGAGUAGUGACUCAGAAAACCCACACAAGAGGACCACCCCCUCCUCAUGUUCCUCCUCCUCUUCAUCAUCCUCUUCCUCCUCCUCGUUCUCCUCCUCCUCAUCCGAGCCCAACUCUGAGAAUGAGCUGAAGAGUCGCAGCAGUGAUGUGACACAGAGCUCUAUUAGUAGAAUGGAGGAAGAUGAGAAGCAAGUGAUGAAGGAGUCUAGGGUGAAUGAUUCCUCAUCACUCAUUGGUUGUGUAUCCCCGUGGGCGGAGCUUCAGGCAGCAGAUGAUAUUAAGAAGAGUACAAUAAAGGAGUCAGGUAAAAUUCUAACAAAAGAAGAGGGAGACUUGGUGACAAACUCUCAGGUCAGCUGGUCUCCAAUACAACAAACUCUGUUACCUGACAUUACCCAGAGUGGACCUGCAGAACCCCACAAGAACCCAGUAAAAGCAUCUGCUCGACUCCAGACACAUUCGCUGUCUCAGCUCCACAGCAGCAGCAUCAUCGACAUCACAGACGACGCCCAGGCCACCGUGCACCGGGAAAGCUCAGAGGCUGUGUCGGCGCUGCUCGCCUCCCAGAACGCAGAGUCCACUGCUUUCUCACCCUACCUCCCUCUCAACCCGUCCCCUGUCUCCUCACCUCCCAUUCCUCCAUCGCCCUCUCCGUCAGAGGGGUGUCGCAGGGUGGAGCUGGAGCCUCUUGUGAAGCAGCCCAGCAGCACAGGAAGUGGCAUUACAUCACCCAAGAGUUCAAGCAGCAAGACCGAGUUUGCUCCCUCAGAGGUCAUCAGGCCUGUCACAUCUAUAGCUGAAACUGUGCCAGGGAUGGAAGAGAAACCUGUCUUACCUCAUCACCUUCAUCGUCAGCAGCAACACAAACAACUGCAGCCGUUCACGUCUUUCCACCACGGAGAACACCCAUCUGUAUCAGAGGAGAUGAGAAAACCUCCACAGCAGCAACCACCCCCCCACAAACUGAACACAGCCCACCCUCCUGAAAUAACCAAACCCAAAAUGAGCCCGAGCCACAACUCAGUUCAGCAUGACUCCUCAAAACAAAAUUCCCUGCCCCCCAGUGACUCUCCCAUCCACCCCUACUCCACCACAAACCCAGCUGACCAUCAUAAAACUAAACCCCACCGUGGCCUGCUGGACAUGUCUAAACCUAAACCAAACACUUCUCCUGAGGUGUCUAAACAUAAAAUACUGCGGUACUCUGAUGCAUCCCCACCUCCACCUGCUCGUGUUCCCACUAAAAUAGACUCGGCAGAACCCCCACGGUCUGAUUUCAAGCCUAUGCCAAUGCGGUCAGAGGUGUGUGGAGUCAGCAGCAGCACUAAGAGUCCGCUGAUCAUUGAUAAGAAUGAGAGUUUUACUGUUUACAGGGACCCAGCACUAGUUCGCUCUGAUGCCGAGAACACAUCCUCUUCAGCCAGCUCUUCUAACCAUGUUACAGCCUAUUUACCCCCACACCUACACCCCCUUCACCCCCCCUCCCCUCACUCCCCGUGCCUCACACCUGCAUCACACCCCCACACUGCCUCUCAUCUCCUCGCCCCUCCUCACUCCUCAGCCCUGCCCCACCCUCACCUUUUACCCCCUGGAAUGCUCCCAGCAAUCCCACCUUCUGCAGCCUCUCUCUUUGGAGGACAUCCUCGUCUGGACCCCCCCACGGCUUUAGGUCACCUUGCCCUUCCUCACCCAGCAGCUACACACCAGCAGCAGUUCCUACAGGGUCCCUCCAGUGCAGCAGGGCUUGGACUGUACCCCAUCAUUUGGCAGUACCAUAACGGAACACCGACCUCCUACCCUCCUGGGCUCAGCCUGCAACCCACUUCUAAGUGGAUCCAUUCUGAAAAUCCAGUCACUGUGAACUCUGAUGGUCCUCUCAGAAGGAACACAGCCAGUCCAUGGCUGCACCAGUCAGCAGUCAAUGCUGGUGAUGGUCUGGGUUUGUUGAACCACAUUCCAGUCCGACCAGCCAGUGCUGACACUCACCGCUCCCCUGUUAAGAUGAACAUGAACACAAGCCCUCCAAUGUCCAAGACCACCAUAGAUGUCAAGAAAGAAACCUUGACACUGGCCCAGCUCGGACAGGAUCAGAUGGACCGGAGCCGCACCCCAACAGGAAAAGAUGCCCACCUUCACCGCAUGUACCUUGAUCCACACAGCAAAUCCCGCCUGACUAACACACAGGAAGCACUUCAGAUAGCAGAUCGAGCCAAUAAAUACAAAGAAGAUAACCAUCAGAUCCUGAAAGAGAGCAUUGAAGUUGCACCUUUUACAGCUAAAAUCCAGCGUUCAGCUGAUCCCAUCAUGAACAGAGAGAGGCGCAAAGAUCAAGCAUUCCCUGUCCGGGUGCCACCUCUUGCUUCUCCAAGUCCACAGACUAGCCACACUCAUCCUCAUGUCAUACAGGCAGAAAAAAGUGGCUAUUUCACCACACUUUCCAACAGCAUCGUGAAUGAGCCGCCAAGACUGUACCCAUCCAAGGAGGGAUACAAUCUCAUUGGCUCAGUUGGAACCCCGGGGAUUGGGAGUAGUGCUGGGGCUCAGUCAUUGGUGAAUUACGCCUCCAAAGCUUCCCUUUCCAAACCCCCGCCACUCAUUAAGCACCAACCAGAGGGUGGAGAAGGUUUAGCAGUCAAAAUCACUGAGCAGCUCAACCAGCAGGUUACAUAUGUCCAACCUCAACAUCACACAAGUAUGGACAGAAAAGAACGCCACAAUCCUACCGUUUCCCCUCCUUCCGCCACAUCUACCUCCCUAUCUUCACUCUCCAACCACCAUCAUUACCCUCAACAACAACAACAACAACAGCAGCAGCAACACCAACUUAGGGCAAUGCCAUCUCUCUACCGAGCACCUGUUUACCAUCCGCCCACACAGCUUGCACCGGAUCGCAAAGAGCCUCGAGAAAGGGACAAACCUGCUUAUGGAGGACGGCUGUCACCACCAACCCUCACACCCAUCCAGCCAGUCACUUUAACAACAUCUGGCACCAAAGCAUCAGUUGAGCAGCAGAAGCCACCAACGUUGGUACCAGAACUCAGGGACAUUAAAGGGCAUGGAAUUACUGCUGCAGUCAUCUCCUUGGCCUCCAACAACAGUGGUGAUAUUAUGGUAGAUGGGUGGAAAAGCAGAGAGAUGAUUCAGGAAAGAGGAGGUGUGUGUUCUAGAGAAAAAGAGGGUUCCAAGGGUAAGCCCCAAGUAGCAAUGGCAUCGGUCAUUGUACGACCAGCAACCUCUGUUAGGUAUGAUAAUAAUAGUAUGAAUAAAUCUAAUUCUAUUAUUCAUAAGGAAUUUCCCACAGGAAGGUUGUACCCGUCCAAGCUUUAUGGGGAACUGCCAACGUUUAGAGACAGUGUUGGAGAACUUGGAGUCAGCAGGGUUAUUCAAACGAACUCAAACCUGGAUGACAUAUGUGUCCAGUACAAAAACCCUUCCAUGCAUAGUAUGCAAGGCCCUGCUUAUGCAAACACUACCACUUCUUUGUGCAGGUCUCCUGUUGUGGUCUCAUCAGGUCUUGAACUGCAGAAUGAAACCCCAAAGUCAGGACACCCAACUCGGGAUGAGUUUGCUGCCCAUAAAACUGGGGCUGGAAGCUGGGUGCUUAAACCAGAUCAAGAAAACCACAAGGGUUUUGACCCAAGUUCUACAUCACCAGGGUUGUCUUCACCUUUUACAACUUCAGCAGGAACACCUCUACCCAGUCAUAAUGUCAUCCCAGCACCUAGCUCCAUUUCUGCCUCUGGUCAACCUUAUUCUUCUUUUGUUCAUCCCAAAAAGCACAAAGCUGCUUUAGCUGCAGCCCAGUCUAGAGGCAGCCUCCCUACUCCUCCUGCUUCCUCAACAGCUGGAAACUCCUCCUUAGUUUUGGAUUCAAUGGACAAAACUCCCAGUCAUAGUUCCACCCCUCCACCCUGUGUGAACCAAGCCACAUCAUCUUCAAGUGACAGCAGUAGCAACAGCUCUGCAGUCGGUAGCCCGACACCAGAAAAGACCAGCCCCUUACGAAAUGGUCAGUCUUUGGCAUCUGCUUCCAUUAGCUGUGGGCAGCCCAGUAACUACCACAAGAUGAAGAAGGCCUGGUUAACUCGACAUUCAGAGGAGGACAGGAAUACAUCCACUACAGUUAGCACUUCUAACACUAAAGCAGAAAAACUGCUCACCACCACGACCAGCACAUGUAACACUGCCGCCAUGACCGAUAUGAUCAAACCCUGCACGGUCAAUCUUUGUGCCUCCACUUCAAAUGAGGUGGAGAUGAACAAAGACAUUGGAGGCAAGGGGGACAAAGAGAGGCAGCUGGAGGAGAAGAUAGCAGGGGGAGGUGGAGAGGAGAAGAAAUCAGUUCCAGCUAGGCGGGGGAACAAGCGCUCCUAUGACUCUGGUUCAGAAAGUGGAGGAGAUGAUACUGAUACAAGUGAGAGCAAGAUGGAGGGUCGAGCCAAACGGCAGCCUAAACCAACCUACAAGAAAAAACAGAAUGAUAUGGCCAAGAAGAAGGGGGACAACGAGAAAGAGGAGGAUGAUGUGAAGCCCAACGGGAUCUUUAGAUCAGCCCGAGAGAAGACUAAAAUCAAACUUGCCAGCAGUAAUGGGAUCCCCCGCUCAGUUCUGAAGGACUGGAGGAAAGUGAAGAAGCUGAAGCAGACAGGGGAGUCCUUCCUGCAGGACGACUCCUGCUCAGAAAUUGGACCCACUCUGCAGAAAUGUCGGGAGUGUCGAGUGGUUCGCCGUAAAAAAAGCGAGGAGCCAGCACAUUCUCCUGUCUUCUGUAGAUUCUACUAUUUCAGGAGGCUUUACUACACUAAAAAUGGAGUUAUUCGAAUGGAUGGCUUCUCUUCCCCAGACCAGUUUGACGAUGAGGCCCUGGCCCUGUGGGUCCCAGGUCCUGUGGAGGAGAGCCAGCUGGACCAAACCACAGCCAAGUACAUUCUCACUUUCAUAGGAGAUAAGUUCUGUCAGAUGGUUAUGACUGAAAACACUGCUGCCAGCUGGAUAAAGAAGGAUGGCAAGCUGGCAUGGAAGCGAGCAGUGAGGGGGGUCAGGGAGAUGUGUGACGCAUGUGAAGCAACGCUCUUCAACAUCCACUGGGUCUGCCAGAAAUGUGGCUUUGUUGUCUGCUUGGACUGUUACAAAGCCAAGGAGAAGAGGAGCUCCAAAGAUAAAGAGCUUUACGGAUGGUUGAAGUGUGUUAAAGGACAACCUCACGACCACAAACAUCUCAUGCCAACACAGAUUAUCCCAGGAAAAGUGUUGACAGAGUUGGUGACCUUCAUGCAUUCCCUGAGAGACAAACACAACAUAAAGUCCCACUGCCCCUGCACCAGCAAACAGAGUCUGCUUUCUAAACUACCAGCCACCAACGGAGUCUCACAGGUUCUGCAAAAUGUGCUAAACCACAGCAACAAGCUGUCUCUGAUGAAAGCUGAGCCGGGCUCCCAGCAGAACGCUGGUCACGAAGGAGCCAAAGCAGAAACCAAUGGAAGAGGUGGUGGAGGAAGCAGCCCAGGAAGUGAUGCCGGAAGUAUAGCUGCCACCCCACCAGUGUCCCAGUCCCCUCUUCACUUCCUGGCUGACCUGGCAGAGCAGAAAUCAAGAGAGGAAAAAAAAGAAAACAAAGAAACAAUAGUGCCAGAUAAAUUUGUGAAAGAAGAAAAGGAUGAAGACAGCCUUGAAGUUGUGCAGCAGUGUAAAACCCCCUCACUGAUAACCAACAGUUCUGAGCAGGGCUCCACACUCAGAGAUUUACUGACCACUACAGCAGGGAAGCUCAAGCUGGGUUCUACCGAUGCAGGAAUCGCCUUUGCUCCUGUCUACUCUACUGCUUCACAGACUGACAAAAGUGGGCGAACCAUGCCAAAUAUCCUAGAUGACAUCAUCGCUUCAGUGGUCGAGAAUAAAAUUCCCGCCAGUCGCCAGAACAUCACCACCAAGUUGUCAGUCAGACAGGAUCACAUCAACCCCAGCAACACCAGCAAUCCUUCUCCAGCUAUUAGUGAGGAUGUCAAAUCAGAUAGGAAGAGGCCAGCCCCCCUGUCCACGGUGGUCCCUGAGGACUCAGUCAGUCAGUAUCCAGACAUUCCCCACAGCUGGUUGAACAACAGGCAGUUACUGUGGUUGAAAGAUUACCGGAAUCAAAACAACUGGAAGCUGUUCAGAGACUACUGGAAACAAGGACAGCCUGUUUUGGUGUCAGGGAUCCAUAAACGCCUAAAUUCCACUCUGUGGAAGGCAGAUUCUUUUAACCAAGAGUUUGCAGACCAUCAGGGAGACCUGGUCAACUGUAGAGAGCAGGUGACAUCUAACUCUGGGAUAAAGGAAUUCUGGGAUGGAUUUGAGGACAUUAACAAGCGGCCAAAGUCCAAAGAUGGAGAACCUAUGGUCUACAAACUGAAAGACUGGCCGUCUGGAGAGGAGUUUAUGGCUCUCAUGCCUUCAAGAUACGAUGACUUGAUGAAGAACCUUCCACUGCCAGAAUAUUGUGAUCCAGAAGGAAACCUGAACCUGGCCUCCCACCUGCCGUCUUUUUUUGUCAGGCCAGAUCUUGGACCAAGACUCUGCUGUGCAUAUGGCGUAGCUGCAUGUCAGGAUCAGAACUUUGGGACUGCCAACCUUCACAUGGAAGUCUCAGAUGUAGUCUCCGUCCUGGUUUAUGUUGGAGUGGCCAAAGGGAACGGCGUCCUGUCUAAAACAGGGGUUUUGAAGCGUCUGGAGGAAGAGGAUCUUGAUGAGGGUGUUCGAAAAAGGCUGAAAGACUCCAGUGAAACACCGGGGGCGCUGUGGCACAUCUACCUCAACCAAGACAUGGACAUAGUCAGAGAAUUCCUGCACAAGCUCUACAAGGAGCAGAGCCUGAACCUGCCGUCAGACAAGGAUCCACUCAGAGACCAAGGAUUGUCCUAUCUGAGCAGGAAGCAGCGCCAGAGGCUGCUGGAUGAACACGGAGUCCAAGGCUGGACUGUGGUUCAGUUCCUGGGAGACUCUGUUCUGAUACCUGCAGGGGCCAUGCACCAG